CUAAUGUUAAAUUAUUAAAGGUUUGAUUCUUCAUUAUAACACAUCUUUAAAGAUAGCGACUCAUUACCAGUACGUACCCAAUUAGCCUUAAGCGAAUUUUAUUUAAUUUCGUUACAACAUUAAUGUUGCAGAUCACAGACUAAAACAGGUAUGCCACAACAAUGGGUUAUUCAGACUGAUUGAAAAUGAAUGGCUUUUUUAUUAUCUAUUUUAUUUAUGCUGGAUUGUUGAACAAUUAACUAAGUUGACAGUUGUUCACUCCUAAAGGCUUGAAACCUAAUUUAUCUACACAAUAUAAGAUAGAUUUGCGAGAUAAUAAUGUUACAUCAGCAUAGGGCUUAAUUCCUUGAGAAUAGCAGAUGCUUCUUAUCAUAUUGGAAAUUUAGAAACUGUGACAAACGCAGAAAAGCGUCAAUCAAGCCAAAUUGGAGGUGCAUCAAUUGAAGCCCAUGUUUUACUCCUUAUUUUUCGUAGUUAUUUCCAGUGCACUUACGACCCUUCAUCAUUCCCUCUGUGAGCUGUUUGAUGGGCGUCCAGCAGUAUAGUCUAUAGAAUGGCAGAUUUUUUCUUAGGGAAAAAAGGGAAACGACCGAAAAAAUGGAACGAUGCCUAAAAAGCAUGGACGCUAUAAAAUGAAACAAAGAGCACAAAAUGAAACACAACAUUUGUCAUGAAAGCUAUGGAGAUGUUUGAUAAAGCAAAGCCUUAUCUGGCAAUGACAAGCUUGCAGCUUGGGUAUGCAGGGAAUUCAAUAAUUACCAAGAUUUCUUUGAAUGAGGGAAUGAGUAAUUUUGUUUUGGCGGUGUACAGAAACAUCGUUGCCACAAUAGUUUUUGCUCCUUUUGCAUUUUUUCUUGAAAGGAAUUUGAGACCCACAAUCACGUUUCCCAUAUUCUGUCAGAUUUUUACUCUUGGUUUGUUAGGGCCAGUCACCAAUAAUUUCUAUUAUAUGGGUUUGAAAUUUACUUCUCCGACAUUUGGAAGUGCAAUGUUUAACCUAGUUCCUGUCACUACUUUUGUGAUUGCUGUCAUCUUCAGAAUUGAGAAGAUAAGAAUUCGUCAGAUGCACAGUCAAGCAAAGUUAGUGGGAACAUUAGUGUGCGUGAGUGGAGCAAUGCUUAUGACCUUUUAUAAAGGACCUGUUGUUCCCAUGCCAUGGCCUUCACAUAACCAUUUGAAGAAUCAUGAUGACAGUGAUAAGGAUAUGAUCAAGGGUUGCCUGUGUUUAAUUACAUCUAACCUUUCCUGGGCUUCAUUGUUUGUUUUUCAGUCUUGGGUUGUUAAGAAGUAUCCAGCACAACUUUCCCUUGUGACCCUAGUAUGCUUGAUGGGCUCCUUGCAGUCAAUUGCAAUCACCUUGCCGGUUGAACGACAUCCAUCUGCCUGGGAAGUUGGAUUUGACAUGAAACUUUUCACAGUUGUAUAUUCUGGAGUGAUAAUUACAGGGGUUGCGUAUUAUCUUCAAGGAUUGUGCAUGAAGAUAAAAGGGCCUGUAUUUGCUACUGCAUUCUUUCCUUUGGGUAUGAUAAUUACAGCAAUCAUGGACUCCAUUAUUCUUCAUCAGAGAAUAUAUUUGGGCAGUGUGGUGGGAGCAGUGGUGAUAGUAACAGGAUUGUAUGGUGUUUUGUGGGGCGAGAUGAAGGAGAUAAAGCUUCCUGCUAUAACGAGCUCAGAAGUGUUUCCCACCUGUCAUUCUACAACUAUGAUCAUUGAUGAUGAGCUGACUAAACCGCUAAAUAUGUGAUCAUUAGUAUCACGAUUUGCUAACUAUUUUUAGUAUAAUUUUUUAGAGGUGCAUUCUGCAUUUUUUUACGCUGCUGUUUCCAUAAAACAGUUACUGUUGAUUUUAAUCAGACCUGCAAAAUCAUUGAGGGAAUGCACCUUUGUAGUAUUUUCUAUAGGAAAUAGAGAUGCUUCUUGGGUUGAUGAAAUGAUUAAUAUAUGAAUUUAAAAAUAAAUACACAA